GGAAGAAGCCAAUUUCUAUAAUUUGUCCCAUCCAUCACCUGCUGUUACCAUCUGCAGCAUGGCAGCUGGUUGAUUAGUAUUAUACUAUUGCUACACACAAUUAUACAAGGCCAAAAACUUCACUUCCUCGCCAAUAAACUGUCAACUGGACCUUUAUCAGUUCAUUUUUUUACUCUUUUUACUUCUUCCUGCUUAACAUUAACCAAAAGUGAAUGAGAAAAUAUCAGGAUAAUAAAGAAAGCUAGAUACAAUAAUCUCCAAUCCUUUCUUCUUCUAACAAGAACCAGCAUUCAUCUGCUCUCCAGAGAGAAGAAAGAAUGGCUCCUUGUGCAUCUCUUUUGGUACUAGUCUUUCUUGUUCUUGGAACAAUGCCAAAUGCCAAAUCAAUGUCUGCAUUGAUUCCAAGAGCUGCAAAUUACCAAACUUUAACCAAACAACCAAAGGUUACGAAGCCAAAGAUCCCUUACAAGACUCGCUACUUUCCUCAACUUUUGGACCAUUUUACAUUCCAGCCAAAUGGCUAUAAAAUUUUCUACCAGAAGUACCUUAUCAGUAGCCAAUAUUGGCAUAAGGAAGCUCCUAUCUUUGUCUACACUGGGAACGAAGGCGACAUUGAGUGGUUUGCUGCUAACACUGGUUUCUUGCUGGAUAUUGCUCCAAAGUUCCGGGCUCUCCUUGUUUUCAUUGAACAUAGAUUUUAUGGGGAGUCAAUGCCAUUUGGAAAGGACUCGUACAAGUCAGCAGAGACAUUGGGGUACUUGAAUUCACAGCAAGCAUUGGCUGAUUUUGCAGUUCUGAUAAGGAGCUUGAAGCAGAAUCUUUCCUCUGAGGCAUCUCCAGUGGUAGUCUUUGGCGGCUCUUAUGGAGGAAUGUUGGCAACCUGGUUCAGACUGAAGUACCCUCAUAUAGCCAUUGGGGCAUUAGCAUCUUCAGCCCCCAUUUUGCAGUUUGAUGACAUUACUCCAUGGUCAAGCUUCUAUGAUGCUGUGUCCCAAGAUUUUAGGGAAGCAAGCUUGAAUUGCUAUGAAGUGAUAAAAGGGAGCUGGGCAGAGCUGGAGACGCUAUCAUCACAGAAAGAAGGAUUAAUUGAACUAAGCAGGACUUUCAGAACUUGCAAAGAUCUUCAUUCACUGGAUUCAGUCUGGGACUGGCUAUGGUCUGCUUAUGUUUACUCGGCCAUGGUGAAUUAUCCUACUGAAGCAAAUUUUAUGAAGCCACUACCUGCCUACCCUGUGAAGGAGAUGUGCAAGAUUAUAGAUGGAUUUCCAGCUGGGGCAUCCAAGGUUAGCAGGGUUUUUGCAGCUGCAAGCUUAUACUACAACUACUCUCGUGGAGAAAAAUGCUUUCAGCUAGAAAAUGUACCUGAUGCUCACGGUCUUCAUGGUUGGAAUUGGCAGGCAUGUACUGAGAUGGUCAUGCCAAUGACUUGCUCUAAAGAGAGCAUGUUUCCACCAUCUGGUUAUGACUACAAAGAGUUUGCAGAAGAAUGCAAGAAAAAAUUUGGUGUCAUGCCCCGACAGCAUUGGAUCACUACUGAAUUUGGUGGCAAAAGAAUUGAUAAAGUGUUGAAGAGAUUUGGCAGUAACAUCAUAUUUUCUAAUGGUAUGCAAGAUCCCUGGAGCAGAGGAGGUGUCCUGAAAAAUAUAUCUUCCAGCAUCAUUGCCAUUGUCACAAAGAAGGGAGCUCAUCAUGUUGAUUUUCGAUCUGCAACGAAAGAUGACCCGAACUGGCUUAAGGAGAUGAGGAAGCAGGAAAUACAAAUCAUUGGGAGAUGGAUAGAUGAGUACUAUGCAGAUUUAAAACUAAGGGUUGAUAUUGCAUGAAAUUAUAACAAGUUGUUCAAUGAUUUCUUGGAAAAGAAAUCUAUCUAACAAUUAUAUUUGUGAUCUAAUAAUAUCAUAUUGGAACAUUUUAUGAAUUCAUUGAAUGACUAGAAACUAGAAACUAGUCUGCAGAUAAUUUCAUAAUGAGACAGUCAAUUAAUUGCAGGAGAUGUUUUUCUGUCA